GGGGAAAUCUGUAAUGUUUGGAGAAGACAAGAUGGCGCUGGUUACCUCGUGUUAUAUCAAAGGGCAUUUUUGUUCACAAAUACCCGCUUAUUUUACGUUAUAGCGACUGGUUCGUUUUGGAAAUUAUAACUCAAUGGACGGGGAAAAUGAUUCUGUAUUAAAGAGAAAAAGAUGUGCAGUUAUUGUGAUGUUAUUUGUUGUGAAAGACGGCCCGAAAUUUCGCUACUUCGCAGUACUGGUUUAUUAUAAAACAUUUACAAGCAACAGCAAUUGAACUAUAUGACAAAGAAACCAAUGUAUACAAGCCAAUCAAGUUCUUCAGUUUAAAGGUCUGUUUACUUUUUAAUAAUUAGUUCAUUUAGUUGUACAUUAAUACGAAGCACUGGAACAGUACAGUAUGUGGCCCAGUUUCAGGUCAGUACCAGUAGUGGGUCAAUAGAAAUUUGAUUUCAUUUUUUUCUGCCGAGAUAAAAGCGACGCGAAAUAAAAUAAUGGCGAAGCUUUCCUUUUUUGGAUGAUAGUUUUCGCAGGCUUUUCAGUUGAACUGUAUUCAAAGUAGAAUCCCUUUUGUCCAGGUAUGUUUAUAUUCUUUUACUAAAAUUUGUUCAUUUCACUGCGCAGUAAAACUAACUAAUAACAAUAAAUCGUAUUAUUGAUAUGUAAUUCUCCAUGUAACUGCUCAAUUUUGUCCUAACGAUAGAUUAUUGCCGAGAAUAUAUAAAUAUGAAAUGGAAAGUUUAAGCAUUCAAUUAUUCAGAGAUAUAUACUGGUCCCACAAAUUACGUAAAGUUCAGCUUUGUGGCCCAGUUUCGGGUCAGCUAUGUUUCAACCUUUGAAAGUGGAAGCAGUGCUUAGAACGCACUCCGCACAAACUGUGUAGAAGAGGUAGUUUCAAGCUGGAAAUAUCAUGUCUAAACCUUGUCAAAACCUCACAAAAAAAUUUUUAAUAAGGCCACAUAAAAAAAAAAAAUAGUUGGUUAGCGUCCUCGCCCGCCCACAAAAAAGGCCCCGCUCAGGAUUUAUUUUUUAUUUUUUAUUUAAAAAAAACCCGACUUUUAUUGAUCAACGGGCUCUAAUAUAUGUAGUAUUUCUGUUGACUGUAGUCAAUUGUGUUAAUAAUUUGCGAAAUUGCGUGCGAAAAUGACGGUAUGAAUUAUAUUUUGAAAUAUAUAAAAAAAUAUCUGUACUGCGCAAGAAAAUCCAGUUUCGGAUCUAACAGUGAGUAAAACCAAGGCGUUAAAAAUUAGUAAAAAUUUAAAAAAAAGCGCCCGCCCGCCCGCCCACUUUUUGGCAAAAGCUAAGGACGCUAACCAACUAUUUUUUUUUAUAUGGCAUAACUUAAGACAUGUUGAAACUAUAAAAAAUGAUCAAAAAUUGCCGUAAAACAAACGCUUUUAUACAAUAAACAAAGAAACUUGAAGCGACCCGAUACUGGUGCAGUUGACCCGAUACUGGGCACCUAAAAUGAUUCUUAAAAAUAUAAAUAAUUCUAAAAGUGAAAGGUAAGAAAGGUCAAUCUUUUGAAAUAUUGUUAAGAAACACCUUUCCUAUUCUCAAGUGAGCAUUUAAAAAUCGUACCUUUCCUGAAAAGGAAGAUAUAGAAGUUCAAACCUGAAAUGACCCGAAACUGGGCCACAUACUGUACGCCUAGUCACAGAAUAGGAAGGUAUACCCAUUGAACUAAAAAUAACUGGAACGAUACCUCCAGCCGGAAAUGUGAAGCCAUGCCCAGGCAUGCCCACUGUUGUCAUGCCCAGUCUUUUCACGUAACGGAAAUGAACGCGGGUUUUUUAAAUAUCCAAAACUGGGUAAAAAAAAUGCACUAAAACAUGAUUUAAAACGACGUAAAAUGCACCUACCAGUACAUUUUUACAAUAAAACAUCCUUCAAAACUCUAGAGUAAAAUAUUUUUAAUUUAUUUGUGUAGAAUUCAUAAUUAAAUUUCCUUUUUUGAUAACUUUAACACAUUUCUUUGCGUUUAAUAUUUGAACGUUUGGUUACGUUGCAUUAGAUCGGAACAAUGAAAUCUGGACGUUUUGAGUGUGAAAUUGUAAAUGGUAUAUAUCGUGUCGACUGUCGACAAGCACUCUACUCAUAUAUGUUUCAAAACUCGGCAAACGCAAGCUUGCUAUUGGUCUAUAUAUGUAUAUGAACUUGAAUUACAGGAGCGAAACGCUUGAAAAUAUGAAAAAUUGCUAAUACAAAACCAUGUGCUUGACAGUCGACACGAUAUAUACCAUUACAAUUUCACACUCAAAACGUCCAGAUUUCAUUGUUCCGAUCUAAUGCAACGUAACCAAACGUUCAAAUAUUAAACAUAAAGAAAUGUGUUAAAGUUAUCAAGUUUUACGGUUGAAUGAGAAUAAUAUAAACAUUCAUAUAAUAUCAAUACCUCUACAUCGUGUCUUUGUCCAUUUCGACUAUGGCUUGGCGGGAAUUUGUAAAAUAUCCCUAAUUCACCCCCAGUCUGCAUUUUAUCCUCAGUCUGCAUUUUAUACCCCCAGUCUGCAUUUUGUACCCGGUCUGCAGUCUGCAGAUUAUACUGACCGCUUACGGUAGCCAUUAAUUUUGGAGGUUGGUAAAUUCGUUCUUAAUUAAAGUUUUUUGUAACAGGUUAGCGAGAAAACAUUUCGACAAGUUUACAAGCGAGAUCUUGCUGAUUUAUGAAAAUCCUGAAAAGUUACACUGCGGCGCUAUACCAUGCCCAAAAUAAGCAGUUUGUGGAAAAAUAUUGAAAGCAUGUGUGCUAUCAUACCCUGGAUUCCAGAGCCUUCGACAAUAAAUAAUAAAUUGAAACAUCGCGAAGGCUCUGGUUCAACGGGAAGAUUCUUUGAUUAAACUGCGCCAAUCACAAAACAGAAUUAGUGGUUUUAGUAAUUAGUACAGAUUCUGUACUAACAGCACUAAUUCUGUUCUGUGAUUGACACGGUUUAUAAAUCAAAGAAUCUUCCUGUUGAACCAGAGCUUUCGCAAUGUUUCAAUUUAUUAUUUGCUGUCAAAGGCUUUGGAAUCCAGGGUAGUGCUAUCGUAACAAAAGAGGAACAUUUGUUUGCUUUUUGAAAUGAAAUAGAACAUAUAAUUAUAUCAUUUUAAUGACUUGCUUCCGAUUUUCAGAGAGGUCUUGGAAACAUUACUAAUUGUUGAUACUUUUGAAAUAUUCAGCAACUUGCCGAUGAAAUUUUUAUAAAAUAUUGCCAUAAAAUAUAUAACAUUCUAAGGCUAUAUAUAUAUUGAUACUAUUGAUACUAUAGUGCUGUUCCAACGUACAAUAAUGUGAAAAAAAGAAAAGAAAAAAAGAGAUGAAAAAGUUUUUUCAUCAAGUGAGAAAAAUUUCCGGAGAAACUUUCCAAAAUUGUUGUCGCUCCAAUAUUGUUUAGGUCCAUUUUUUAAGUAUUUUAUAAAGCGUAUGCUAUGUAUGUGCUAAGAAGCUAGUUUUGUUGGCAUGUGGAAAGCAAAAGUAGCGAAGGUAAAGAGAUUAAAAUUGGAUUUAGUGCGUAUUUUUGAAAAAAUUUUACCACCAAAUAUGGUAGUCCCCCCCCCCGUCGAUGACACUUGUGACGUCAGGUACAUACGGGACUUUGGGGGCGGGUUUUGGCGGGAAAAUCUGUAAUGUUUGGAGAAGACAAGAUGGCGCUGGUUACCUCGUGUUAUAUCAAAGGGCAUUUUUGUUCACAAAUACCCGCUUAUUUUACGUUAUAGCGACUGGUUCGUUUUGGAAAUUAUAACUCAAUGGACGGGGAAAAUGAUUCUGUAUUAAAGAGAAAGUGAUGUGCAGUUAUUGUGAUGUUAUUUGUUGUGAAAGACGGCCCGAAAUUUCGCUACUUCGCAGUACUGGUUUAUAAAACAUUUACAAGCAACAGCAAUUGAACUAUAUGACAAAGAAACCAAUGUAUACAAGCCAAUCAAGUUCUUCAGUUUAAAGGUCUGUUUACUUUUUAAUAAUUAGUUCAUUUAGUUGUACAUUAAUACGAAGUACUGGAACAGUACGCCUAAUCACAGAAUAGG